AUGUGGACAAUUGAAACGCUCCUAAAUUGUGCUCAACGAUAUUUUCCGAGAAAUGUGAGUUUUUACUAAUUAGAAUCUGUGGAAAACCCUGAUUUUCAGAAGUUCCGCGAUCUGCAUCAAAUUUCGUCGAAUUUUCCGAAAAAUGAGAUUUUUGAUCGAACAAAAGCCAUCAAAAUUUUGAGCUUUAUUCUGGAAGAAAUCGAAUGCUUCAAUAAUCCCGAGGAUUUUUUGAGAGAUUUGGAAGAGUUUUCGAAUUUCCCGAAUAAUUUGGGAUUCAUCUCGUCAGCUUCAGAUUCAAAAAUAUCGAUGAAUUUUUUGAAAAAACCAGAAUAUUUUAAUGAUCAAAAUGGCGAUGAAUAUUUGCUGAAAUCCGAAAUGUUUUUGGAAAUUUAUCGAGAUUUUUCGAAAAUUCAAGAUGACGGAGAUGAGAUUUUGGAGCAUUUUUUGAUGUCUUGGGGAAAUCGAAUUUAUCGAAAAAUUUGUUGGGGAUUUAUAAGUCUGGAAGAUAUGCUGAAAUUCCGAGAAAAUUGUCAAGAAAUAUUCAAAAAUGAGAUGAAUUCUGCAAAAAAGCUGAAAAUUUCCUUGGAAUUCAAGAAUCUCGAUUUUCUGACAAAAUUCUUUGAUGAAGAAUUCGAUUCGGAACUUAUUGAGAAGCUCAAAACAUCAAUGAACAAAUAUUUCAAAUCAAAAACGGUUUCAAAAAAUUUGGAAUUUUAUGAGGAAAUUUAUCGAAAACAUUUGGCUUUUGAUAAAAUGAUGGGGAAAAUGAGCGAAAUUUUCGAGGAAAAUUUGGAAAAUCCGAAAGUUUUGAGAUGUUUUGAGGAUUUUGAUGGAAAAUUUUUGAUGGAAUUUGAGGUCGAGAAAAUUGUCUUUGGAAAAGGAAAAGAAAAUGAGAAUGGUAUUUGGAAGACUCUGAAAUAUGAACAAUUUUUGAAGAUUUUGGAAGAAAAUGGGAAUAAAAGUGAUGAUUUUAAGGUGAGAAAGAAAUUUUUAUUCAUCAAUGAAUUUUCAAGUGAAAAAUGUUAGUAUUUCUAUAUUUUUCCAGAUAAUAACUCAAAAAAUCCAUCGAAAAUCUCGAAAACCAACUCCAAUUAUUUCACCAACUGGAACAAUUUGUAAAUUGGCAAUCGACGCAUUUUUGGAUAUUUUUGAGAAUUUUUCCGAAGUUCAAGAAGGUCUUGAAGAAUGGCUGGAAAAUCUGAAAAUAUUUGAAUCAUCUGAAAAUCGAUAUUUUAUUGAGGUUUCGAAAAUUGAUGAAAUUAUCGAUGAAGGAUUUGCCAAAUUUUGCAUUGAUGAGAAAAAAUGGAAUUUGAAAAAUGAAAAUAAGAAGUUGUUUAAUAAAGAUGAAACGAUUUAUGAGAUCAAAAAGCGGAUGAAAAUUGAUGAAAAACAUGUGAAAUCGAGAUUUUUCAAAUAUUGCAAAUUGUAUAAAACACCAUAUUUGACGAUCAAAAUGAUUUAUUUGAUUUAUGAGGAUUGUUUGAGACUACAAUUUUUGGAGAAAAAUGAGAAAUUGCGCGAAUUUGUAUGUGGACAAGAAGCUUGUCCGAUGUUUGUUGGAUUGAAAUGUUGUUGUCAAAAUUAUGCGGGAACAUGGAAGGUGAGUAUUUGACAACAUCUUUUUUUUGGCUAAAUAUUCCAGUUUCACAAAUCCAUCAUUUUUGAGUCAAAUUCUUAUGAAAAUCUGAUUUUUUUUGGUUGAAAUCGAGAUAUUUGACAAUUUUUAGCUUCAUGAACCAUCAAAAGAAGAUGUUGAAAUCCUGGACGCUGAAAACGUUGAAGCAAAUUAUAUCAAAUAUCUGGACACUUUCAAAUAUUCACUAAUCACAUCAAAAUCAAAUCAAAAGUUCUAUGAAAAUGAAACUUGCUUUCAUAAAUUGAUCGAUUCAAUUUUGCAAACUUCAAAUCCAAAAAAUCACGAAAUAAUUAAAGCGGUUUUCAAAAAAGAACAAAAAGAAGUUUCGAAUUUCAAAGUAUUUUAUUUGAAUGAGUUGGAAAUGUUGGAAUAUGUGGAAAGAAAUUUGAAAAUAUUUGAGAAUUCCUUUUCUGAAAUUGAAAAUGAGAAAGAAGAAUUGAAUCGAAAAAUUAUUAUGAAUUGGGAAGAAGCUUGCGAUAAUUUACGUGGAUUUUUUUGUGCGGAAGAUUUUGAAAAUGUUCAAAAACAAUUGAGAAAAGAGCAUGGAAUUGGGAAAAAACAAGGAAUCGAUUCGAAAAUUAUAUUCAAAAUGAUUUGUGAAUGUCGAAAAUAUCGGAAUUUUUAUCGAAAGUUUGCUGGUUAUAUGAGAAAUGUUGGAGAAUAUUCCAAGAAUUUUUUGGAAACAAAAAAGAGGAGGUGGAUUUUGAGAAUAAUGAGUUCUAUUCGAGUUGAGGAUAAACAAGAAUGGCAUGCUUUUAUUGAUGAAAUUAUUGAUGUUUUGGAUGUUUUGAUUGAUUCAAAGCCAAUUGCCCAGAAAUUUAGAGGUUUGGAUUUUUAAAAGGGAAGAUUUUCAGAAAAGAGUUUUAGAAAAAUUUUAUUUCAUUUCUGGAUUCUGAGCUAAAAAUAAGUUAUGAUCAUUUGAAAGAGCAUGUUCUAAUUAGCACAAUCGAAGGAUUUUUCUGGAGUGAAACAGCGUGUAAUAAGGCUUGAAAGUCCAGAUGUACAGUAAUUUCCAGCUGUGAAAAUUUGUCAAUGACUUUUUUUAAACCAGAAAACAAACUUUGGAAUUGAAUUUUAUCGAUUUUUUAUCUCAGAAUAAAAAAAUCUUCAUGAAAUAUUAUUUGAAUUUUUUAAAACAAUAAUAAUUCCAAAAAAGAACCGAAUUAUUCAGAUUUUCUCACUCAAUAUGCAUACAAAAAUUAUAACAUCGAACUGGAUUCAUAUUUAAACGUAUCAACUCUCAAAAAACUUCUAAAAGCUGGAGAAAUGUGUGAUGCGAUAAUUUUGUUGCCAGAUAUUCAAUUCACAAAACAAAUGAUUGAAUUACCGCUAAAAAUGAGCUAUGAUUGUAUUUCAAUAUUAUCACCAAAUCGACAAAUCGUUUAUCAUUCAAAUCAGGCACUUUUUUUGAUAUUUCAAAUGUCGGCUUGUGAUAUUGAUUUGAAUACAGAAGAAAUGGAAUGUUGUAAACAUGGAAAUUGUACAAAUCAUUGGAAAAAUAAAGUGAUUGGUGUAAUGAAACAAAUUGGAGAUGGUUAUGUUAUGAAAGAGGUUGUUGAUGAAAAAAUGGAGGAAUUGGAUUUGGAUGAUGUGACUGUGUUGUCGAGAGGGGUAAGAGAAUAAAAUCAACGGAAAUUUAGAAAAAUUAAUAUAUAUUUCAGCAAGGAAUUCAAACUCCUUUAAUUCAAAUUCAUGGCUCAAAAUACAAUGAUAUAAUAAGUCGAAAUAUGUUUUAUCGAAUGAUUGAUCGAAUGAGUUAUUCAACUGAUGUUCAAAUGAAUGUUUUUCUAAAAGCUCUUGGAUUCAGAAAACCUGACGAAGUUGAAGUUAUUGAAACUUGGCAAGCGAAAAUUGUUUUUAUGAUGUUUUGGAUUGAUGCAUUUUUGAAAAGAGAACCGAAAGUAGGUGAAAAUUAAAUUAACCAUUUUCUUUUUUUUUUCAGCUUAAAUUUUGUGUUAAAACUGCUUGGACUGUUUGUUUGCCGAAUGCUUUAAAAUGUUCAGAUGAACUUGAAGAAUGGUGGAAAAAUCCGAAAAUUGGAGAUUCCGAAAUCAUCAAUGAGUUUGCUGAAAAUCUGAAAAUCAAUGAAAAAUUGAAUCCGAAAUUCAAAAUAUGUGAUUUGGUUCAACAACAUCGAUGGGAAUCGAGAAUUUUUAAUAAUAUUCAAAGAAAAUCGGGUGGAAAAAAACAAGGUGGAAAAGAAAAACAAUUGAAAAUUGCACAAAAAUUGCGAGAUGAUCAGAAUGUGAAAAUCAAAACGAAUGCGGAAGUGUUGGAAAUUGUGGCGACGAAUUUUGUCGAAUAUUUUGCGCAUAUUUCCGAUGAAAAGUUUGAGCCGAUUUCGAAUUUUAAAAAAUUGAUUGAAUUGAAAUUGUGUGAUAUUUUGGAUUAUCAGGAUUCGAAAUGUUUAGAUAAUGUGAGUUUUAUUUUGAAAAUCCAAUCAUACUGUUCAACUAUUUUUCAUCUUCGAGGAAACCCGAAACCGCUUUGAUUUUCAGAUUUUUUCCAACAAAAAAGAAUUUACGUGGCUGGUUAAACGAUUAGAAGCUUUUAUAUUCUUCGAAUUUGAUGAAAAUGGCAAUUAUAUUUAUAAACGAAAACCAUUUCCAAUUCCAAAUGCAAUAAAAAAUAAUAACAAAGAGCAAUUAGAAAUAUUGAUUGAACAAGUUGGAAAUGAAAUAUAUUUGGAAGAGAAAAAAGAUCGAAUGUUGUUUAAAGAAAUGAAAAAGAAGGCGAGAAAACAGGCGGCAAAUUUGAAGAAAAAUAAUCAAGAAAAAGUUGGUAGAAAACCGAUGGAAAAGGAAAAGAAAAAUGAGCAAAUUGUGACGAAAUAUAUAACUGAAACGAAAAUUGUGGAAUUUUGUGAGAAAUGUAAUGAAAAUUUGGAGGAAUUGAUGGGAAAAAAUAGGAAAAUUGAGGAUUUGGAAAGAAGAAUUGAAGAAAUGAAAAAAUAUUGGGAUGAAAGUGAAAUGGAAAAUAUCGUUUUAAAAAGGUAAUUUUUAAUUGAAGUGAUUGAAAACAUUAAUAAAAGUUUCAGCCAAAUUACGGAGAGCAAAACAAGAUAUCGAAAAGAGAUUCAGAAUUAUAAAAUUGAGGUGGCAAAUAGGGAAAAUCGAAUUAUUCAAUUGCAAGAUGAAAUGAAACAGUUAGUUUUUUUUUCUGCAAAAUUCUGAAAAAUCCAAAUAAUUUCUAGAAAUCGCGAUGAUUUGAGAGUUGAAAGAGAAGAAUUGUAUGUGGAAGUUGAAAAAAGUUCGAGAAAAGCGAAUGAAAAUAUUCGAAAAAUGAAGAAUGAAUUGGAAAAUAUGAAAUUUAUUGAUAACAAAAAAACGAAAUUGAUUGAAGAUUUGCAAAAAAGAAAAUGA